GCCAAAAACCUUUUUGUGACUGUUUGGCGCAUAAUGGGCCCAAUAAAAUUUGCAUAGCAGUAUAUUUCUCAAUGGGCUGAGUUCGGGAGCUACAAUUGGGCCAGCAAUGAUGACAUAAUGAGUUCUGGGCCUUUUUCCUCCUUUGUCGGGGUCCAUCUCCAUCAGCAUUUCGUAAGGCGGGAAGUCCAGCUGGCAGUAUUAACCGACUUCAGGCCCAGAAAAGCGAAAUACGUGUUAUGUACGUGUCCGUCCAGCUGGCAAGGGAACCGACUUAUCCUACAGUUCAAUUAACGCGUGCCCUCUUACAGCUGGCAAGGGAACCGACUUAAAGCCGCAUUCGGAAAUCUAUAUAAGUGGCGACAUCCUCCGGCCAUUGUUACAGUUGCUGCCAUCACCAAAAAGGUCGGAUCAGAUUGGAAAUAGACAAGAAGGCUCUUUCGGCUUGGCUCUUCCUUUUUAGGGUUCCGAUUACGGCCGACGAGAUUGAUGAGGUCGGUUCUCCCUCCUUCGUUCCGUGUUCUAGGUUUUUGUGAAUUCUUCACGUCUUUCAUAGGAAAAACGAUAUCUUCUCUGCUCGUUAAAGCUGUUUUUUCGGCCUGCCCGGUUGCCCUAGAAAUUUUGAUGAAAACUGUACAAAUGCCUCGAUACAAAUCCUCACGUUCCAGUUCUAGAAGACUUUGAUUUGGGUGCCAUUACUGGUCGCUGGAUGAUUACUGUGUCGAGGGUCGAAUUCUCUGGCUCCGGCGACUUUCCCCAUCGUGGUAUGUUUUUCGGAUCUGCACUUCUUUUCCUGGAUUGGGUGGUAAGAGGAGUAUGAUCAAAUUGGUCCCUAAAGUUCUCUGUCCCGCUUCACAAGUUGCUUUGAUCCGUCGGUGACUUUCCCCGUCGCGGUAUGUUUUCCGAAUCUGACCUUUGUGACGAGAGGGAGCAUAAUCAAACUGGUCCCUUAAUGUUCUCUGUCCAGCUUAAAGUUGCUUUGAUCCGUCGGUGACUUUCCCAUCUUGGUAUGUUAUCCGAAUCUGCCCUUCCUGCCUGGAUUGGGUAGCAAGAGGAGCAUAAUCAAAUUGGUCCCUUAAAAUUCUGUCCCGCUUCAAAAGUUGCUUUGAUCCGUUGGUGACUUUCCCCGUCGUGAUAUGUUAUCCGAAUCUUCCCUUCCUUUUAUGGAUUGGGUAGCAAGAGGAGCAUAAUCAAAUUGGUCCCUUAAAGUUCUUUGUCCCGCUUCAAAAGUUGAUAUGUUAUCCGAAUCUGCCCUUCCUUUUAUGGAUUGGGUAGCAAGAGGAGCAUAAUCAAAUUGGUCCCUUAAAGUUCUUUGUCCCGCUUCAGAAGUUGAUAUGUUAUCCUAAUCUGCCCUUCCUUUUAUGGAUUGGGUAGCAAGAGGAGCAUAAUCAAAUUGGUCCCUUAAAGUUCUUUGUCCCGCUUCAAAAGUUGAUAUGUUAUCCGAAUCUGCCCUUUUAUGGAUUGGGUAGCAAGAGGAGCAUAAUCAAAUUGGUCCUUAAGUUCUUUGUCCCGCUUCAAAAGUUGAUUUGAUCCGUCGUUGUGGGAUAAUUCAUAGGUGGGAUAAAAAGAUAGACAUAAUGGUUGUCUGCUUCUUCGUGUUAGUUUCAAGUACCCAAAAAUCCCCUACGCCCGUUAAGACACUUAGAGUACCGUUUAUUGGAUUAUUUCUAACAGUUGCAUUUCAUAACCCAGUGGGACCGACUUCCUUAUUAAGCUUUCUCACUAGUAUUGGCUUUUAACGGUCUCCCUUUAUAUCCGAAUGUAUUGGUUUAUCGAAUUCUAACUUGAUGUGCAUGAUCAUAGAAAUAGAGGGACUGAGUUGGGCUACAUCUGGAUGCUUUGGUUGCCUUUCAUGUUGUGAACUUUCCUCUGUGUAUUAUUCUGCUCCUUCAGUAGCCCCUGGAUAUGUUGUGGUCUUGAGAUCAAUUUGGCUACUUCAGAAAGCUGGUUGCUUUUAAAUAUAUAGUAGUAAUUUGGCAUAAGCUUCCUUGGUUCCUUGUGUUUGAGUGGUUAACAACAACUCGUGUGAAGGAGUCUAAUGUCAAAAUAUUGAGCUUGAAGGGUCCCUGUUAUGGAAAGGUGUCCGCACUUCAUUCAAGCCUUGAGGUAAGACGUGCAAAAGUUUCUUGAAUCUUAAACUAGCUAACUUUUUCGUGUACAACUUGACCUUGAUUAGUCACCUUACUGCUAUCAGAAUCCAAAGUGGCGCACACUAGGCUUCUUUCCAUCUUAUAUACAUUUGUGUGAUAUCGGUGACUGUCAAAAAAUAGCAAAACAGCAGACCUCUGUGGCUGAACUGGUUAAACUGGUAGUGACAUGAGCAGUUAAGAGUCUGCAGUCAUUGUCCCAUCUUCUAGGCAGAGAUUAUGAUUGGGGUAAUUUUGUUUUUACUUAAUACCACAUGCUGUAAUUGCUCUGCAAUCUAUUGGUGACAGCCUUUGGAAGGGUAUUAUAUCUGGUCCCUGCACUACACUAUUGAGCUACACUGUCCCUACUCCUAAAAUGGCGUUUUGAUUUUUCUAUAUAGACAGUUCUAUAAUUCAGGUCUUGGAGGCAGCUUUGAUUUAGUUCCUGUUCCAAGUUGCUUUGAGUCUCUGUUCUGCUUCAGUGGUGUCAGUGGUAUCAUCUUCCAAGUUGCUGAAUCCAUUAUGGUUACAACCGGUCGUGAUUCUGCCUCAAAGUUGGAAUAAUGCUUUUGAUGCUGUUCUUUUUAGAUCUGUUGGUUUGUUGCUAUUGAGAAGGGUUGUGGAAUCCAAUCAUGCUUAAAUGUCUGUUCUCGGACCAUAGAUGGACCAUAAGUGGUUUUGAAGGCAAGACUUGGAACCACGGGCGACAUGGAGAUAAAAGAUGGAGACUACAUCUAGCCAAUGUGAUUACCACUAACCUAAUGUGCAUUUUUGGAUUGCUAUGUCUUCCCCGAGGCUCUGGAGUUGUUUUGGUUUCAAGGACACAACAAUUAGAGGAAGAUGGUUGUUUGUGUUAGAUAUUUGACUCGUCUGUAAUAAGCUUGUAUGUUCCCUUUUCCUUGGGUUCUUUAUGGUAGUUGCAUGUUUGAAGAAAUCAGUCAGACGAAUUUAUGUACAGUUUCUGCUUAUAAAAGAAGGCCCUAAGCUCUUUUUCUCAGAUAGUAUAUUUAUUGGCUAUUAACUGUUCUGUGUACUGCAUCAGGCAAGGCCCCAUAUCUUGAAGGGUCCCAAUUUCAGCAAAUGUGGCUGCAUAUUUUUAAAAUUGGAGGUAUGGCAUGCAAAAGAGUCUUGGGCAUGCUAACAGAUGUCUAAGAGGUUGCAUAAGAAUAGGUACAUUGCUUUCUAAGGUCGAUUUAUCUGUCUGUAAACUUUAACGAGCAGGGAAUGGCUAUCAGCCGAUCUUUUGUGAUUCUGUGGAGGGUCGAUUUGUCUGUCCGUAAACAUUAACGAGCAGAGAACGGCUAUAAGCUGGUCGUUUGUGAUUCUUUGAAGGAUAGAUUUAUCUAUCCUUCCUGAUUAGUCACUGUCAAAAUCUGAAGCGGUGGCUUUCUUUAAAUAAAUUAAGUACAAUGGUUGAUGGUUUGUGAUGCUGAUAAUUGCUGCUAGCUUUAGAAUAGUUGGUCUUGGAGCUUGAUUCCCUGACUUCAAUUUCAUGAGGAUCAAUUUUUUCUGUUGGAAAAUGUGCUCUGGUUGGGAACUUGGAAUAACCUCAGCACAAGCAUUUUGCCAGGCCAUUGUUAUAUUAUUCUGAGUAAAAUAUGUUGAAGGGGCCGAGAAUAAAAUUGGUACCAAAUAAUGAUGUGUUUCCUGUGUGGAUGUUAUUUAGAUUGGAUUUCGUUGUUUCAGUCAUUUUAUGUGCUUUGUUGUUUCAUUGAGUAAUGAUGUGCUUAGUGGGCUAAGUAGCUGGAUUUAUGCAAAAUUUACUGUCGAACCGAACUAUUAACUCAUUAAUGGUAAAAGGUGGAUUGGGUCCUAUUAGUUUUUGGCCGGGCAAGUCUCUUGGUAUCGGUUUUAUUUUGGAUCUCAUUGAUGCAGCUGGAAAGUCGUCUAAAUGCUGUUGGCAGUUUAAGAGAGUUCUCUAAAAAUGAUUCAGAUAAUAUUUCAGGUCCUUGUAUUUAUGUGAGAGAUAGUUUUCUUGUUUUAUACCCCGGUUACUCUGCUUUCAACAGAUUCAACAAGAUGAAUGGGAUUCUCAGAUUGGAUGAGCAUCACGAUGCGAUUCAUUGAAUGGAACAGGAAUCUAAAGGUUAACCAUACUCGAUCUUUGUGUUUGUUUUUGUGUCCAUGCCAAUGAUGGUAUUGGUUCUCGAUUAACCUUCUGGAGGGAAAUACUUAAACAUUGGUUCUUUGCAUUAUCGUACUUCCUUCAUCAGUGCAUUCGGUUACUCCUAGUAAUGGAUUCAGAUUCUUGAAGUCGUGUUCUAACUCUGCCCGUUUCACGAUUUUUUCCAAGCUGCUGAUCCAUAAACUGGUUGCUUUCAUUGCUUGUUCUUGUUUUGAAAUCAGACUUUUACCUGAUAUCACACAUGCCCUGUCUUUGCGACGGCCUUUGGGAGAUUCAUGCACUACAUCUAUUGAGCAUUCUUGUCCCUGCUCCUACUAAAAUGUUUGUUUCACCUUUAUUCUAUCGACAGUUUUUAUUGCGGUCUCCUCCAGUUUUGUGCAGCAUGUAGUAAUGCGGUUGCACAGGAAUUGUGCUUAGGCUUGUUAUCGUCGCACCACUUCCCUGUUAGCUCCAUAUAAAUUUACAGCUAGUAUAGUUCCUCACGGUUGCUAUCGAAAUAUAAAGCCGCACUCGUUUAAUGCUCCUUCGUCUUGUACUCUGGCAUACUUUCUUAGUUCGGUAAAUUGCAGUUAAAAAACGGUAGCAGGGGGAUAUGCUUUCUUACUUAUCAAGGUUUGCUUUAAGGUGAAAUCGGUGACUUGAGGGUUUGUAAAGUAUGUCUACUACAGCUUAGAACUAUUAAGCUUGAUUCCUAUGUUUGCUGAGGAUCAUGUUCUACUGGCAUACUGUCAGACUGGUCUUACCGAUUAGUGUUACGGAUGACAGCAAAAGCAAAAAGAUACUUCAGCUGAUUUACAUACCUUGAACUCAAGAGGUAAAAACACUCCUGAGCCAUGCACCUUGAUAUAUGACGCCCGUAGCAUGGCUCAGUGGCCGUGUUACAAGGUACAACACAUUUUGAUUUCCGGACUGUCCCUUCCUUUUAUGUAUGGAUUUCAUGGAUUUUUUUCUAACAGUUGCAUGUCAGAACCGAGCGAGACAACUUCCUUAUCAGGCUUUCUCACUAGUACUGGCUUUUAACGGUAUGUAUGUAUUGUUUUGUUGAAAGCACGAUUCUAACUUGGCGUACAUGAUAGUGAAAAUAGAGGGAAUGAGUUGGGAUACAUCUGGCUGUUGUGGUUGUCUUUGAUGUCCGUGAAACUUUCCUGUGUAUUAUUCUGCUCUUCGAGGAGCCUUGGAUAUAUUGUGGUCUUAAUAUUCCAAGGUACUUCAGAAAGCUGGUAGCUUGUAAAUAUAGUAAUUUGGUAUAGCUUUCGUGGUUCCUUGUGGUUGAAUAGCUAACAGUGUAGUGUGAAGGAGUCUAAUUUCAAAAUAUUGAACUCGAGAGGUCCCUAGUUAUGCAAUGUGUCUGCACUUUAUUCAAGCAUUGAGGUAGGGCUUGCAAAAGUGUCUUGAAUCUUAAACUAGCAAUCUUUUGUAUAACUUGGGCUUGUUUACAGAUGGCCUCGGUUGCAUAAGAUUAGGUAUAUUGGUGUGAAGCUGGAUGCAUCUUCCUCUGAUCGAUUGAUCUGUCGGUAAACCUUAAGGGUAGUAAAUGGGUGAUUAGUCAGUCCUUUAAAAUUAGGCACCUUACUGCUAUCAGAAUCCAAAGUGGUGCACGUUAGGCUUCCUUCUGUCUUAUAUACAUUUGUAUUAUGUCGGGGGCUGUGAAAAAUUAGCAAACAUGAAACCUCUGUGGCUGAACUGGUUAAACUGUUGGUGACAUAAGUAAAGUCUGUAAGUUUUGGUUAUAUUUUGGAUCUGAUGCGGUUGAAAAGUUGCCUGUAUGCAACUGGCAGUUUAAGAGCCUGCAAUCAUUGUCCCAUCUUGUAGGCAGAGUUUAUGAUUGGGAUAUUUGUGUUGAAUUCAUCUCGAAAUUUGCUCGUUGAUUAUGUUCUUGCCGCCUUGUGGCAGAAGCAUAUUUUAUUUAAUAUAAUGUUGUCUGCUGCACUUUGUUAAUCAUUAGACUUGAGCCGAGCUCCAUUAUGUGAUCUUCGACUGGACUCAUGUACUUCAGCUUUAUUACAUCUCUUCAGCAUUGUACUAGUCUUCAAUGUAAACACUGUCAUAUACAGGAAGUCAACAAUCGAAGUUUUCUCUAAAACAAUUCGAUGGGAUCAAUUCUCUUUGCUUUAGAAUGCUGCUAAUAUCUUUGCUUGUUGAUUCUGUUACUCCAAAUGAUGAAGUUGAGAUGUAUCUCUGCAUGUUUCACGACUUCCCCAAAGCAGCAAAUCUGUAAAAUGAUAGCUUUCAGUUCCUGUUUGGAGAUUAGACUUCUACUUGAUAUGACACAUGUUUGUUAUGGCUCUUCUAUCUACAACGUUAGGAAGGGUAGUACAUCUGGUUCCUGCACUAUUUACUAUAUUUCCUCUGUUCUGUUUCAGUGGUGUCCGAGAAUUGGAGUUGCACUUGAUUGUUUGGUGCACAUUCCAGCUCUCUAGUUUUGUGCAGUGCAGUCUUUAGAGGGAUUGUGCUUGGGUUUGUUGUAGUUGCUCCAUUUCCCAGUUAGCAUAAUAACUUGCUUUGUAACUGUCUCUUCGCUUUAUAUUAAUUUGGAGGGAAGUUGAUUAUCCUAGCGUGCUUCGAGUUGUUUACGAGAACAUAUAUUGUAUAUGCUAACUCUGUGUGGGCAGAUUCCAAAUUCAGGUACUUUUUCUAUUGAACAGGGCUUAGGGCAUAAGAGUUCUCUUGUGGCAUAAGAAUCUCCUCUAUGGUGUGAGCAUAAUUUCUCAACAGGAAGUGUCUAUAAAGUAGGCAUGGUCCCUUUCAAGAAUCCUGCGAGAUCAUUCAUAAUAUGAGGUUUUGCAGAAUAUGAAGCUGAGAUGCAUGCUUUUUAGAUGGUAUUGGCUUCCUCAAGUCCAUGAACACAGAUUUCUUGUUGGACUUUGCGGCCAAGGUAUCCUAUCAAUUGGUCUGAUUGUUUCAACUUGGUAUUAUUGAGAAUUCGGCGAUUUUGUGUACAAUUUUUUUGAUAUCUAGCUUCUGAAACCGUGAAUAUGGAGUCAAGUGUUCCAGGCUGCGCCCUUCUAUUGGUGCCAACUUCUGUUGCGGCUAUUAUAUUUGACCUAAAUUUCAUGAAAGUUCAUGGUAAUGGGGCCUGAAAAGGAAAUUAUGAUCAGUGUUAAUUUUAACCUGUUAGAACUGAUAUUGUGUUGUUAAGAGUUAAGACACUUGAUGCGAAUCUGAAAACGUGUUUCUCGACUAGAAUUAUUUUUGAAAAGUCGUGGAACUUUUUGAGUUGUAAGUUUUGAGGCCCCGUUAAUAUGUUCUUAUCGUGUUUCCUAUACGGCCAAUUUUCAAAAUUAUGAUUUCAUCCAGGAGUUCCUUACCUAAGUCAUUUGUAAACUGCCAGCUGCAUUAUCUUGAUAAUGGAAGGAACCGUAUUGAGUUCCUAGGCACGAUGGGAGCUGUAUAUAGACAUCUUGAAGGCUAAUAACAUCUGUAUUAUGGAAGCAAGAAGGUUAUGUUGCUAUUGUUAAACACAUUAUGGUUACAGGUUCUUGUUUCGCAUCAAUAUUCGAAUCUUUGCUUGCAAUGCUGUCCUUUCUACAUGUGCUGGUUUUUUGUAUUGAGAAGGAUUCUGAAAUUCGCAUGUUAUAUUCGAUCCGAUUAAGAGAAGACCUCAAUAAAUGGGCAAAUUCCUAUCAUGCUUCAUUCUUGGUUCUCGGACUCUGCUCAGUGCUGUGACCACCUCUGUAUGGUGCCAUGAAUCUAUUGUGUACUGUUGUAUUCUUCCUUGAGGCUCUGGACUUAAGUAUGAAGCAUCUAGAGAAAGAUGGUACUUUGUGUUAGAUCUAUGACAUGCCCUAUUUGUCUAGUUUAAGUUUUAAUUGUCUACUAUUUGGCAUAACUUUCAAUGGUUCAUACUUCAAAGUGAUGCACAUUCGAGACUUCUUUGUCUUGUACUCUUGUUUACUUUUGUAGUUUGGUAUAUUUCAGUGGGGUGUCAAAAGAUAGCAGGGGGGAUGAUCUAUAUGGGUAAAUUAGCCCAGAGAGGAACUUACCAGGUCCGUUUUGCGGGGAGACUGGUGAUUGACGGCUGUAAUCCAGUUUGCAGCUUUAGAAUCGUUAUUGAGCUUCAUUCCUGUGCUUCCUAGGGUUCAUAUUUUUUGGGUUGGAGGUAUGGCUUAUGGUUGAAAGAGCUUGAAGUAAGCACUAGCAGAUUGACAGACUUCGUUGGAGUGACCUGUUAUCUAUAAUUCACUACUGACAGUAGAACCAAGAAGAUACCUCGGGUCGAGUUGCCUACAUGUGUGCAGUGUUAGUAUUGCAGCUUUCUUCUAGGUCAGAGGUAAUGCAUUGGCAACUCAGAUGAGGUAGUUUUGCCUGCAGUAUAGACAUCUUGCAUUUAUGGAUCUUGGGAAGCUAGGAGUUCUGAUUUUGUUCCCAUUUGGUCUACAGUCCAGAAACUAGUGUGGUAUUCAAGUGAUCCUAGUCAACGAGGAGGCAUGGACGAAAGUUAAGUCUCGAGUGAUCGCUUGAAUUCAUAUGAGCUACUCACUUUUUUUGGUGGGUUAUCUAUGAACUUCGGUUCUCUGCAUAACAGUGUUGCUAAUACUAACUUUCGCCUGCGCUUUCUGUUAUUCCUUAUGAUCAAUUCAAAGCCUGCAAGUUGAGAUACAACUCUGCCUGUGUUGCGAUAUUCCGCAAGCUGCAGAUCCAUAAAAUGGACGGUGCUUAUUCUUGUUUGAGAGUUGGGUUUUUACUUGAUACCACAUGUUGUCAUUGCUCUCCGAUUUAUUGGUGACAGCAUUUGGAAGGGUGUUGUAUCUGGUCCCUGCAAUGCAUCUAUUGAGUGACAUUGCUCCUACUCCUGCUAAAAUGGUUGUUUUGGCUUUUCUCUAUAGACAGUUCUAUUGCCGUCUAGGAGGCAGGUUUGAUUUCAUCCUCUGUUCUAUUUACUUCAACUGUUCUUUUCCAGUGGUGUCAGGGUUGGAGUUGGAGUUCCACUUGAUUAUUUUGCCGCACAUUGCCACCUCUCCUCCAGUUUUGUGCGGUACGAGGCAAUGUGGUCAGAAUUGUGUUCAGGCUUGUCGUCGUUUCUCGACUUCCAGUCAGCUCUGUAUGUGGACGAAUCUGUCUUCUCCCAACUCGAAGCAUAACAUAAUAAUACGCUACAGCUCUAUAAAUGAUGAUUCUAACAUACUUUUAUUGCGAUUCUAAUUUAGGGAAAUCAAAACAUUCUAGAAAUGUACGUUAUAGAUUCAGGUACCUUUUUACUAAAUAGUUCUCUGUCUAUGCGUGUUAUAGAUUCAGGUAGCUUUUUAUUGAGUACUGAUUUCUUGUGGCAAGAGUGUCUCCCCCUUUUGUAUCCCAUUUGGUGAUUUCUCAAGGUGUGAAGCUUCUAUGGCAGUAGUGGUGUGGUGAAUGCAAUGAUGAGUGGUAACUUGAAAAUCAAGGCGUGAAGCGUCUAUGAACUGAGAACAUGUUUAAUUAAGACAGGUGAAGAGGCCAUUUCUAUGAUAGUGGUGGUGUGAUGAAUGCAAUGAUGGAAUCGAAAGUUGAUCUCUUGCUGCAUUUCUUAUCACAGAUAAUUUUUGUCAGGGUCUACUCUUUUUACUGACUAUUUUAGGGCUUCAGAUCUCAGAACUGGAUGCAAUGACAUGAUAGUUCACCCUACUUGCUUCCCCGAGUCCAUCAGGAAAUCAGAUACCUUGUUAAGACUGUGUGAUCUGAGGUACUGUUCCAAUUGUUUCAUCUUGUCGGUAUUAUUGAGAAAUACGAUAUAAUGAUUCUGUGUACAUUUUAUUUUACGAGUCCAAUUCUGAAGCCUAGGGUAUGGAGACAUCUUACAUUUCGAAUUGGGUGUUCCUAAUGGGAGCUGGAUAUCAACUUCCAAUUUGCCGAAUCCAUUAUGGUUACAGUUCCUGAUUCUGGCUCAAUGUUCGCAUAAUGCUUCUGAUGUUGCCCAUUUUUAGAUGUGUUGGUUUGUUGCUAUUAAGAAGGAUCGUCGAAUCCAAUCAUGCUUAAAUCUCAGUCCUCAGACUAUAGGUGGACCAGAAGUGGUUUUGAAGGCACGACUUGGAACUAGGGGCGACAUGGAGAUAAAAGAUGGUAGGUGGGUUGGCUACAGCAUCUAGCUGUUGUUCUUACCACAAACCUAAUGCGCAUUUGUGAAUUGCCAUGUCUUCCCUGAGGCUCUAGAGUUGUUUUGGUUUCAAGGACACAACAAACAGAUGAUGGUAGUUUGUGUUCGAUCUAUGACUGGUUCUAAGCUUGUAUGGUUCCUUUUACUUUCCUUUUACUUGGAUUCUUUCUGGUAGGGCAUGUUUUAAGAACUCAGUCGCAUGAAUUUCUGCACAAUCGCUGCUUAUAGAAGAAGGCCCCAAGCUUUCCCACUGCUAUUGG